AUGAAUGAGAUUUUUAUAGAUUUAAAGUGUAUAUGUCGUUAUCUUCAAUGGUUAAGUGUAUCAACCAAAGUUUUCAAUGUUGGUAAUUACCGUCGUAAACUUCAUGGAGCACAUCAAAUGCAUUCGUUUUUUGAUCCUCACAAUACAGAAGGAGAGAUUGCACGUAAUGAGGCAGCCAUCGAAGCACUUGGUGAUAUGAUAAAAUGGUUCUUGGAGGAAGAUGGUACAGUAGCUAUAUUCGAUGCCACAAAUUCUACACGAGAAAGACGUAGUAUGAUAAUUAACUAUUGCAAGAAAUAUGAUAUUCAAGUUAUGUUUAUUGAAUCUGUUUGUCAAGAUGAAAGUUUGAUUUUGCAGAACAUUAUGGAUGUAAAAUUGUCAUCCCCAGAUUAUAAAGAUAUGGAUCCAGACAAAGCAGCAGAGGAUUUUCGAGCUAGGAUAUCACAUUAUGAGGAAGUCUAUGAACCGGUAAAUGAUAAGUCAAGUGAAAAUGAUUACACAUAUAUUAAACUUGUAAAUGUUGGAAGUCAAGUGGUGAUUAAUAUGAUUCAAGGAUAUUUGCAAAGUCGAAUAGUAUAUUAUUUGAUGAACUUGCAUAUUUUGCCCAGAAGCAUUUUCUUUAGUAGGGGAAAAAUUGGAGGAGAUUCUAGUUUAUCACCACGAGGUAGAAAAUAUGCAUUAGCACUUCCUGAUCUCAUUAAAGCAAAUUUAGGAGAUCAGCCCUUGACAGUAUGGACAUCAACAUUGAAACGUACAAUAGAAACGGCCAAACACUUACCGUAUCAAAAAUUACAUUGGAAGGUGUUAGAUGAACUGGAUGCGGGUGUUUGUGACGGCAUGACAUACGAAGAGAUUGAGGAAAAAUACCCAGAAGAUUAUAAUAAUCGAGAUGAAGAUAAAUUCAAUUAUCGGUAUCGUGGUGGCGAGUCUUAUCGCGAUGUAGUCUAUCGUCUAGAACCAGUGAUAAUGGAACUUGAGAGACAACAAAAUAUCUUAAUCAUUGGUCAUCAAGCUAUUUUACGUUGUAUUUACGCAUAUUUUCAGAAAUUGUCUCAAGAUGAUUUACCUUAUAUUAAGAUUCCACUACAUACGGUUAUCCAGUUAACUCCUAAAGCAUAUACCUGUAAUGAAGACAGAUAUAAAAUUGAUAUUGACGCGGAAUUUUUAAGUGGAUGUAAUAUGUCAAACAUUAUAACUGAAAUUUGUAACCGUGUAGGUGGUAGGAAGAAAGUGGCAAAAGGUUGGAAACAACGUAAAUUAUUAUCUUGGUGA